AUGUUCAGAUCGUUUAGACCACGCCAAAAGGAUGAAGUGUCCCACUUCAACGCGUUGGCUUCGUCAUGGUGGGAUGUGGACGGCCCACAGCGAAUUCUUCACAAGAUGAACUUGGUCAGGAUGGAUUUCUUCACCGACAUGAUUCGGCUGCACCUCAAACUCAACCAGGGAAUAGACGAUCCCGAAGAACAAGUCUACUUACCGCCAUUCAAUGUGAAUAUCCUCCCAAAGCUCGUGAGAACCCGUAUUCUCCAAGAACAAGAGGCCAGAAGAGAUGAGAUCCUCAAUGCUAGGAGAUUGCGUGCUCUUGACGUUGGAUGUGGAGGCGGGAUUUUCGCUGAGUCCUUGGCCAGGCUCCCGUACGUGGAACUGGUGAAGGGCAUCGACUUGUCUCCAGAUGUCCUUGCAGCCGCUGAGUGGCAUAAGAAGCUGGACCCUGCAUUGCAAGAGAAACUAACGUACGAGCUCCAGGCAGUAGGGGACCUUGCACCAGAAGAGAAAUAUGACGUCGUAACUGCGUUUGAGAUGCUCGAGCACGUUCCUUACCCAGCAGAAGUACUCAAUGAACUCUUCAAGAGAGUUGAGACAGGAGGAUGGAUUUUUCUAUCCACAAUAAACAGAGAUUUUGUCAGCUGGUUCACCACCAUCUUCGUGGCAGAAAAAGUCAUAAAAGUUGUGCCCAAGGGUACCCACGUCCUUGAAAAGUACAUCAAUGAGUCCGAGAUCAGAGACUGGCUAGCACAGAGCGAGCACGCCAACUACUUCAAGCAUAUCAAAAGCAAAGGCAGCAUCUACUUGCCAGCUUGCGGAUGGAGUUUGACUGACCAGCCAGGCGUGGGGAACUACUUCAUGGCAUUUCAGAAAGUACGUUGA